CCUUGCCCGGUCCUCGUCCGUCCGUCCUCAGCCCCGACCCGGGAGCUUCAACUGGGCUCCUCCUUCCCAGCCUUUGGGGGAUCCCUGAUCCCCAUUCCCCAGCCCUACCGUUAACGACAUCAAGCAUUUAUGUCCCCCUGGGUUAGUAUGAAAUAGUUUCUAGCUAGUAAAAUUUAGGAUUGAUCCCUCAAAGUCAGAAUAGAUAUGGCUUUCAUUGUUUUUUAAAACCCUUGAUUUUAAACAUUGUAGAUCUAUAAUUCUAAAUUAAACCUGAUUCUUCAGGGGAGUUAAAUAGGGGCCACUUAAAGUAUGCCAGUCUACGUUACACUUUGCAGGGGACCCAUCUUCCAUUCUGCUCAAUUUUCCUUUCAAGGAAUAUGGAGGUGUUUUCCAGUUCCAUGGAGGUCAUCUGUAUUCCAGGCCCUGCAGAAUUCCUGCUUUCGGGAAAAAUCCAGCACACCAAAAGGGAUUCUUCCUAACGUCGGUUUCUGUGAUGAAGCUGCCAAGGAGCCGGACAGCACACUGGACAAGCUCUUCUCUCCUGAACAGCAAGCCUCCAUCUUGCAGGUGCUGAAUACAGCCACUACUAAGGACCUGGAAGCUUUCAAGUUACUGAGGGGAAGAAAGUCCGUCCAUAUCGUCGAGCACCGAGAAAAGUUCGGGCCAUUUCCAAACCUGGAGAGUCUGAUGGCUGUGCCCUCAUUCCAGUAUAAAACUGCGGUGCGAGUGUGCAACUCCAUUCUUUGUCCUGAGACGGGAAGGAAGACGAGGAAACCACAGGAAAACCAGCUCUUGGGAAAGCUCAUCAAACCAGACGUGGGGCUAGAGAGGAUUAAGGCUGUGAGCAGCAUUGUGUCCAUUGUUUUUGGUACUCGAAGAAUUGCUUGGGCUCACGUUGACCGUAAACUGGCCGUGUUGGACUGGCAGCACAGUGACUACUGGAAAGCGAUGAGCAAGACGUACCCCUCGUCAGUCUAUUUAGAAGAGAUUUCUUCCAUUAUUUCAAAGAUGCCUAAAGCCGACUUCUAUGUUCUGGAAAAGACAGGCCUCUCCAUUCAGAACUCGACUCUGUUUCCUAUCCUGUUGCACUUUCACAUCACGGAAGCCAUGCUGUAUGCCUUGUUAAAUGGGACGUUCACCCAGGAUGGCCAGCAUCAGGUGCUGAGCAUGAACCGCAACGCAGUGGGAAAGCACUUUGAGUUGAUGAUCGGCGACACCCGGACUAGCGGGAAGGACCUGGUGAAGCAGUUCCUCUCAGAGUCCGUGCUGAGGGAACGGCCGCGGGUGUUCUUUCCUACAGAUAAGGUGGUGCGCUACCGACAGCUGCUAGCCACUGACACUCACAGGAUCGAAGAACUGUACGACUCCUUACUGCAAGCCGUGGCCUUCUAUGAGCUGGCAGUCAUUGGCACUGAGCCUUGGUGUGUGAGGUGAAUGCAUCUGCUGUAUAGGAAUGUAUAUUUUUA